AUGGUGAACACCCGGAAGAGCUCUCUGCGCCUUCUCGGAUCUAAGUCGCCUGGGCCUGGGCCUGGGCCUGGGGCCGGAGUAGAGCCCGGGGCAACCGGAGGCAGUAGCCAUUUCAUCUCCUCUCGGACCCGCUCCUCCAAGACCCGUGCUGCCAGCUGCCCCGCCGCCAAGGCCGGGGGAAGCGGCGGCGCCGGCGUCGCCCUGGAUGAGGCCCGGAAAGCUGAAGCUGAUGGUAGUUUAAGUGAUAGCCACGUGUCUCCUCCAGCCAAACGCACUUUGAAACAACCUGACUCUGUUUGCAAAGACAAAUCAAAAUCACGAACUACUGGUCAGCGAGAAGAAUGGAACAUAUCAAGUGGACAGGCCAGGUUAACUUCUCAGCCUGGUGCUACAUUACCAAACGGACAUAGUAGCUUAUCCCUUCGAAGCCAUCCCCAUCGAGGGGAAAAGAAAGGAGAUGGGGACCUUUCUUGUAUAAAUGGUGACAUGGAAGUCAGAAAAAGCUGUCGUUCCAGGAAAAACAGAUUUGAAAGUGUGAACCAGAGUUUGUUAUUUGAUCAACUGGUAAACAGUACUGCUGAAGCUGUACUACAGGAAAUGGACAACAUAAACAUCAGACGGAAUCGUCGAUCAGGAGAAGUAGAACGGCUUCGAAUGUGGACAGAUACAGAAUUUGAAAACAUGGAUAUGUAUUCAAGAGUGAAAAGGCGAAGAAAGUCACUGAGAAGAAAUAGUUACGGGAUACAAAAUCAUCAUGAAGUCUCUACUGAGGGUGAAGAAGAAGAAUCUCAAGAGGAAGAUGGAGAUAUAGAGGCUGAAGAAGCAGAAGGAGAAGAGAAUGAUAGGCCAUAUAAUCUGAGACAAAGAAAAACAGUGGAUCGAUACCAAGCACCUCCAAUAGUACCAGCUCAUCAAAAAAAGAGGGAAAAUACCCUUUUUGAUAUUCACAGAUCUCCAGCAAGGAGAAGUCAUAUCAGGAGAAAGAAGCAUGCUAUUCACAGUAGUGACACAACUUCUUCUGAUGAAGAACGAUUUGAAAGAAGGAAAUCAAAGAGCAUGGCAAGAGCCAGAAAUCGGUGUUUGCCUAUGAACUUAAGAGCAGAAGAUUUGGCUAGUGGUAUUCUCCGAGAACGUGUUAAAGUGGGUGCAAGCUUGGCUGAUGUUGAUCCAAUGAAUAUUGAUAAGUCAGUGCGGUUUGAUAGCAUAGGUGGAUUGAGUCAUCAUAUUCAUGCACUAAAGGAAAUGGUAGUAUUCCCACUUUUAUAUCCAGAAAUUUUUGAAAAAUUUAAAAUUCAGCCUCCAAGAGGCUGUUUGUUUUAUGGUCCUCCUGGCACAGGUAAAACCUUGGUUGCCAGAGCAUUAGCUAACGAGUGCAGUCAGGGAGACAAAAAGGUGGCUUUUUUUAUGCGAAAAGGAGCGGAUUGUCUGAGUAAGUGGGUUGGCGAAUCUGAGCGGCAGCUUAGGCUUCUUUUUGAUCAGGCAUAUUUGAUGAGACCUUCUAUAAUAUUUUUUGAUGAAAUAGAUGGAUUAGCUCCAGUUCGCUCUAGCAGGCAAGAUCAGAUCCACAGCUCUAUAGUGUCAACCCUCCUUGCUCUUAUGGAUGGAUUAGACAAUAGGGGUGAAAUUGUUGUUAUUGGUGCUACAAAUAGACUUGAUUCUAUAGAUCCUGCUCUUAGGAGACCUGGUCGUUUUGACAGAGAAUUUCUUUUCAACCUUCCGGAUCAAAAGGCAAGAAAACACAUUUUACAGAUCCAUACCAGGGACUGGAAUCCAAAAUUGUCGGAUGCUUUUUUAGGUGAAUUGGCUGAAAAAUGUGUUGGCUAUUGCGGAGCUGAUAUUAAGGCCCUGUGCACUGAAGCUGCCCUGAUUGCCCUGCGGAGGCGUUAUCCUCAGAUCUAUGCUAGCAGUCAUAAACUGCAGCUAGAUGUUUCCUCAAUCGUGCUCAAUGCCCAAGAUUUUUACCAUGCAAUGCAGAAUAUUGUGCCUGCUUCCCAGCGUGCUGUCAUGUCUUCGGGACAUGCACUGUCUCCCAUCAUAAAACCACUGCUGGAAAGAAGCUUCAACAACAUCCUAGCUGUCCUGCAAAAAGUGUUUCCUCAUGCUGAGAUUAGCCAGAGUGACAAGAAAGAAGAUAUAGAAACUUUGAUUUUAGAUGACAGUGAAGAUGAGAAUGCUUUAUCAAUUUUCGAGACAAGUUGUCACUCAGGAUCACCAAAGAAACCGUCAUCGGCUGCUGCUGUACAUAAACCUUACCUUCAUUUUACAAGGUCACCAUAUCAUCAGCCAACCUCUUACAGGCCAAGAUUAUUGCUGUCUGGAGAACGAGGCUCAGGUCAAACUUCUCACCUUGCUCCAGCACUUUUGCACACUCUAGAAAAGUUCUCUGUGCAUAGACUAGAUCUCCCAGCACUUUAUUCAGUUAGUGCCAAAACACCUGAAGAGUCAUGUGCACAGAUUUUUCGUGAAGCUCGAAGAACAGUACCUAGUAUUGUUUACAUGCCUCACAUUGGUGAUUGGUGGGAAGCUGUCAGUGAAACUGUGAGAGCAACUUUUCUGACUCUGCUACAAGAUAUACCGUCAUUUUCACCCAUAUUUCUGUUGUCUACCUCUGAAACCAUGUACAGUGAACUGCCUGAAGAGGUAAGAACUGACUAAAUAUUUAUGUUUUCUUAU